AUGAAGCACAGUGGUAAACAAACAUCUAUGGAUCUAGCAGUGCAGGCCUACCUGAACAAAGCCUAUUUAGCAGAAGCAGUUGAGACUUUGAAUGGACUUCUGAACGACUACCCUGAAGACAAGAGUCAAAUUACAGACCUCAUUGCCCACGCUAAUGAAAUGAAAUCAGCUGCAGUUCCAGUACACGCUUCUGUGACGGAAUUAAGUUCACGUGUUAGUCCCGGAAACUGGUGGCAGAAUGUACGUUUAUGUUUCCGCUCAACUGACUGUGCGAAUAAUGGAAACCCACUUUGCACCGAACCAAAUGCAUUCACUUCGGUAUACACUGAUAUAAAUAACGAAGUUGGCCGCGAAUGUUCUAUGAGCUGGGGUAUAAUGUCACCGCCUACUGAUCACGACGAAUGGUUCAGUUCGGUCGAAAUCUGCUUUAGAUACUCUGAUUUCGAUACUCAGACGUGGUACUAUCAAAGGGAUUGUAAGCCAAACACAACUGUAGAGUGCAUUUCAGUGAACAGAUACAUGAAUGAUAUCAUAGAUCGCAGAUACAAGUGGUGUCUCUCCUGGAUGUUGAAGGUACCAUCUACUUCUCCACCUUGGAUGCUUCGGAGCAAGUUGUGUUUGAGACACAAAAGUCAGUCUAGCUAUUGUUCUUCUCUGGCAGAUCGGAAAAUUAACGGUGUUUUGUGUGCCUUCGCCAAUGAAUGGAGUGCAGAGUACUUGGAUUAUGCAACGACUCAUUCAAGAAACUGUGAGAUGCAAUGGGGCAUCUUCGAGCAACUUGAGCACGAACCAAUUAAUUUCACAAUUAAUAUCUAA